UAGAAAACUCAACGAAGUGCCGUCGCUAUUUCCAUUUGCACGGCCUGUGCUAUAUAUUCGUGUGUUUUAACCGUAAUUAAAUCACAUAUCACUGGCGCACGAUUUUCUCCACUAGACAAUGGCAGAACGGAGAAAGUUUUGAUUACAACAACACUCGGUUCAGUGAUUGUAAUAGCGAGGGGCACUUGCUGGACAACAAAGCCGAGUGACUAAGUGCUGUUGUAACGGAGCUUGUGAUUGGUCGGCUAUUCUCGGUACUCGUCGUUAAUUGGGUGUUAUUAGAUCGCCUUUACGUAGUAUAUUCAUGGCGGAUUCAAAACGUGUGUUGAGGGACGUUAUUAUCCUGUGUGAAAAUUAGAUCGCAGUGCAGAACUUUUGACCAUGCCGCAUAUGAGCUCAGGCGGCUCGGAAGAUUUUUUCUCAAAGGAUGAGGUUAAGGUGUAUAAAGAUGAGGGAGAGGAAGAAAAACGAUCCUCUGAAAACCUCUCGGAAGAAAAGUUGGGACUUGUGACAGAAUCGGAAGAGGGUAAAAAUGGAAGUAUUCAAGGGAAUUACUCGGGAAACGACAAAUCUAGCGGUGGUGGAAACGAAGAGGAUAAAGGGGGAUCUGUUCAGCCACAUGGACCCAUGGGCUUCUUUAUGCCCCAUUUUCCAGCCUAUCCAAAUGGUGCUAGUAUGGGGAAGUUGGGGAUGCCCCCAUACCCAGGUUUUAUGAUGUAUAAUGACUAUGCUUCACCUCCACCAGCACAUAUGGGAAUCCCCCCAGUAACUACAGACCCCAAGACAGGUUUACCGAGACCCCCUUUAUACGCAGCCUAUCCUCCAGGACAAUUUCAUCACCUGUAUGGUCCAGAUUUAUCUCAAUGGCAUAGGCCAACAGGCUAUCCUAUUUCCUCAGGUGCCUUUAGCAGUUCUUAUCCUCCAUUAUUAAACACAACCAUAUCACGAUUUGGUCCCCCGGGAAUGAUGCCUCAUGGGAUACAACCUGGUAUGCCCCACCCUGCCAUUAUUAGUCCGGGACCAAAACAAGAUAUCCUGCCACAUCAUAUGAGUCAAGACCAUCAUAGACAAGGUUCAGACAAUGGUUUAAAUCACUCUCACCAUCAACCGCCACCUGAACCAGAGAAAAAGAAACCACAUAUUAAGAAACCUUUAAAUGCUUUUAUGUUAUUUAUGAAAGAAAUGCGACCAACAGUUAUAGCAGAAUGUACACUUAGAGAAUCAGCAGCUAUUAAUCAGAUAUUAGGCAGAAGGUGGCAUGCAUUAGACCGAUCAGAACAAUCCAAGUAUUAUGAGAUGGCAAGAAAAGAAAAAGAAUUACAUUUACAAUUAUAUCCUGGCUGGAGUGCCAGAGAUAAUUACGCCAUACAGACUAAAAAGAAGAAGCGGAAAAAGACAGAUCCAAUAGACAAAAAUAGAGGUAACGAAUGUCCGAAUGCCAAAAAGUGUCGAGCUCGGUUUGGCAUGGACCAACAGACAAAUUGGUGUAAACCUUGCAGGCGGAAGAAGAAAUGUAUAUAUUUUAUGCGUGGCGAGGAUGGUGGCAGUAAUACAGAUGAAGAAGGUUAUAGUGAAUUUUGUGAUUCUGGGCGAUCAGCUCAUGAUAGUGAUUCAAACAUUGACAGUCCUCGGCCUUCCUCGCAUGGAGGUGAUGAUUUUUCUCAUUCUGACCUCUGUCAUGACUCACAACAACUUUCGCCAAUAGUUGACGAAAUGGAACAGGAUGAUGUGUCUAACUUUAGCAUCAAAUCUAGUUUGUGUAAUCUAGUGUCUAAUGUGGGACCUCCAGUGCCUAGUGCGUCGCCAAGCGUUCAGGCCACGUAACAUAUUAUUAUUAUUAUCAUCUCAUCUAAACAUUAUUCAUUGUGCAGCAUAAUAUUAAAUAAGAGUGCACGUGAGUGGCCAACACAAACUUUAAAAGACAAGUUGUAAAACUGAAAGUGGUUGGUCUGAAUUGUGGGCUGAUAUAUACUGUAAGCCAAAGAACUGGAAAGAGGCCAAAUUUGUCUAUAUGUGAGGAUGUGCUUAUUUUUGUUACACUCAUUGUGAUUGGUGAAAACAUUUCCUGAAUUCACUUGUGACAGUCAAAAGUAUGGUGAUUUAAAAGAUCCAUCCAUUUUGAACUGUUCUACUCAUUAUGUAUACUGAACUGCGAUGAGAACUGGGCUUGUGAGGAAAGCAUGUUAUUAAGAGCAUAAAAGGACUCGUAAUGCAUUUCUUCAUGACAUUGCGUUAUGUCAUCACUCGAUUCUAGGACCUGUAGCCAAACGUCAUUGACAGAAAUACCCUUCACACUGACUUCAAGAUGUACAAAGUUGCCAAAAAUGAGUUCCCAAUGGUAGGAAACCAGCCGAUGAUAUUUUAAAUCAAUAAUUAAAUUAGUUCAUUACAUAUAACAUGUAUAUACCAUGUUUUAUUAGAUAAUAUACUAGUAUAUAGAGGUUAAUCAAAUUAUCAUUUUAAUACAACAAAUUCUCAAAAAUAGGUAUAGUUUUCAUUCAACUCAAUUAUUUGUAGCCAGUUCUUCCAAUGUAGAAAACUAAAUUACAAUAUUAUGGUAACUAUUGUGUUUUUAGAUAGUUAACCUCUGUGGCACAUUUUUUGUAACAAUUUGACUGAGAAGCUACAAGUUGUUUGUUUUUAUUUGUCCAUGUUGAAGGUAUUUAUUUUUGUACAGUCAGUUAUAUCCUUUAAACUCAGUGAAUUUAUUAGUACUGUCCGACAAUAACACAUUUAAUAUAUAUAUAUAUAUCUGUCAAAUAUAUAUGUACAUUACAUGUUAUUUACAGUCAUUUCACUUGUUUUUCAAUUAUUCUUGAAGUUUUUGUAGAUAAACUUUUGACGUUUGAGUAAAUAGUUCUUUACUUUAAAUCAAAAGACACACGAUGUACCUCUCUGCGAACUCUGUCUUUUUCUGAAUUUUUUUGUUUUUGUUUCCUUACCACAUGCUUUAAAAACUUAAAUGUCUUCUUCUGUACAUGUAACUAUAACCGUAUUAAGCUUUAUCAAUUAGUAAUUGAUUUUCACAUUCUGUUGAGUUACAAUCCGUACUGAAUCAGAAAAUGUGCCGUUUAUUAUUAUAAUGUUUUAUGUACAAAAGCUCCCAAAGUAAUUAUGUUUUAAGUUAGCCGAGUACAAAGUAUAUGUGAAUAAUUAACGAGGUUAUGUUAAUUUAACCUUGUAUUCUAAUUACCUGUGAUGUUGUGUUAUAAAAUGUGCUUAAUGAUCUGAUAGUUUAUAAUAAAAUAGAAUGAAUAAUACUUAUAUGACAAUGAAAUUAAAGGUGAAAAAAAUUAAUAUUGGUACCAUUUACCACAUUUUUCUAGUCUUAAUCAAAGAAUUUUCUGUAAUUAUAUAAACAUUAUGUUCUUUAAACUAAAAAAAGAAGCAGAAUGCCUUUCUAGUAUAUCGUAUAUCCCAAGGCAAUAAGUAUUGGUAAAUGAAUAAAAUUGUAUAUUUGGAAAAAUUAAGCAAUAAGGGGAAAAAAUGUGGAAUGAUCCUUGAAAUAAAGUAAAGUGUAUUUAUACUAAAUGUGAAAUAUUAAGAGAAGACUGUGCAUUAUCAAAAUCUUUACAAAGAUCUAACAUAAUACUUUCUCAGUAGCAAUAAGAAUUGUGCACUUACUUCCAAAUAUUAAACCAAUUUUGUAGCUGAAUCCCAAUUUUUCAGUGUUUUCUUGCCAUAUUAAAAUUUUUUCUUUUUUUUGUAAUUUUAGCAAAAAGAUAUCUCAAUUUAUUUGUGUACAAAUUAAUUAAAGUAAUUAAUAAUGAAUAUGUCAGAUAUAUUAUUAUGGAAUACAUCUAUUAUUAUAAUGAAUAGAAGUUUCAAAUAUUAAUUAUUAUGUGUGAUUUUAUUCUCAAGAAGCAAAAUGUAUAUAUUGUGUCCUUACAAUCAGUUUUGCAUGUACUAUAUGUAUGUUAACUAUAUUUUCAAAGGAAAUCUGGAAUUUGGAAUUAGAAAUUGUUUGUCCAUUCCAUAUGUAGUAAUUUAGGGCUCCAAGAGCAACCAUUUUUCAUACCUCAAGCAUGCAGUCGUGAACUGUAUUUUUUAGUUCGUAGUUCUGAUCAUAUUUUUAAUUCAUUUCUGCGUGUCAUGAUUUCAGAGUUAUGGUUUCAAUUUCUUGUUUUAAUUCGUUUCUGUGAUGACUUCAAAUAUCAAAUUGUUUUGAAUUUUAAAAAAAAUGUUUCAAUUUUAUACUGAUGUAAAACUUUAGAAGAUUAUAAAAAUGAUGAUGAUAGAACCAUCAGUUAAAAAACUUUUUUUUUUACCAAAAAUUAAAAAUGGUAGUUUAUGGAACUUGUUCAUUUUUCAAAAAAAUUAACCCAAACUAUUAUCAUACAUCAUUUUCUUUAUUAGUGCUGAAUAUUUAUAGAAUGAAAUAUUUUUCAAGACAAAUGUUGGGGUUAAAACCCAAAUAACUAAUUUUUUUUUCACUAUGGUAUGAAAUCAUGCAGAUUCAUAUGUUGUUUACUGUGAGAUUAUAAAAAUUAUUAGACCAUG